AUGAAGAAAACCUCAAUUUAUGUCACCUUUUUGCCUCUUCAUAUUCUUCUCCUCUCUUGUUCCCUUCUUCAUCUCACUCAAUCCUUCACUCUUUUAAAGGACGAUGAUUUGGUAGACCAGAUAUGCAAAAAGACACCCUUUUAUGACCUAUGCACCUCCAUCUUACAUGCCAACCCUCUAGCUCCCACAUCUGAUCCUAAAGGCAUGGCCCUCAUUAUGGUCAAUGACCUCUUGGCAAAUGCUAGUGACACUUUGAGUUACAUUGAAGAGCUUAUCAAACAUACAUCGGACAAAGAUUUGGAGCAACAGUUGGCUUUUUGUGCUGAGUCAUAUAUUCCGGUUGUGAAGUAUAUUAUUCCACAAGCAGCUGAAGCUAUAAGCCAAGGUAGAUUUGGGUUUGCAAGUUACUCUAUAGUUGAUGCUGAGAAGGAAAUUGAUGCUUGUAAUAAGAAAUUCUCAGGGUCUAGUUCAGUGUUAGGUGAUAGGAAUAGUAUUAUGCAGAAGCUGGUGGAUGUUGCUGCAGCCAUUGUAAAAUUAUUGUUAAAUGCUUGA